AUAGCUUGCUAUCUUUAUUCCCUUAGAUCUGAAAAAGUACACUAAUUUCCAAUCACCCUCUUUGAUGAAGAUCACAGGCACUCAUCAUCAAAAGGCCCUCCCUUCCCAUUUCUCUCUUCCAUCAUCACCAUGCAUGAACUCAUUCAAUUGAUCAGAUAAGGAUGUUUGCCUCUGCAAAAGGAAACUGAAAAACUGAAUCUUUCUCAGCUCACAAUACUUGCUAUCUUCUUCACCCUAUAUUUUCCUUCCCGACCAUGUCAGCUCCGGCGACGACGAAAGACGAGAGCCAGGACUCAGGCGGCCGGAAAAGCACCUCUGCGACGGCGGCGAGGCAGUUAGAGCAAGGGCUAAAGUGCCCGAGAUGUGACUCUCCCAACACUAAAUUCUGCUACUACAAUAAUUACAGCCUGACUCAGCCGAGGCAUUUCUGCAAGACUUGUCGUAGAUACUGGACAAAAGGCGGAGCCUUGCGUAACGUUCCGAUUGGCGGCGGUUGCCGGAAGAACAAGAAACUGAAAUCAUCGUCAUCCUCAAGACUCUCAAAUGACGGUGGCUUCUCCCCUUCUCUGGACUUUCACCUUGGUGGUACCGCCGCUAACUUCUUACCCUUCCCUAGGCUGAACGAUCACCCUCCAGCUCUUAACCUCGAAGGAACCUCAAGUUCUUUCAAUAUUGGAUAUAAUUACCCACUUAACGGUGGUGUAAUCCAAGGUAUGAGCUCACUGAACGUUCAGAGCAGCCUUGCUUCUUCGAUUGAGUCUCUGAGCUCAAUAAACCAAGACCUUCACUGGAAACUGCAGCAGCAGAGACUAGCGAUGCUGUUUGGAGGGGAUAAUACUGCAAGUAGUCUAAAAGAUAACCGACCCGUUUCAGCGAUUAAUCUCGAGAACCAGAGUCAUCAGAGAUCAUCAAACCCUAUUUUGUUUCAGAAUCUUGAGAUUUCGAAGCCUGAAGAGAUCUCUCCCGUGGUCGGAAGUUCGAGAAGAGAUACACCCACAGAGUGGUUCUUCGGGAGCUCGUAUGCUUCAGUGACUCCAACACCAACUACAAGCAGCGGAGGUGGAGGUAAUGGGAAUGAUAAUGGAAGCAAUAACUGGAGUCUUCAAGGUUGGGGUGAUGUGCAGCAGCAAUACAGUGCUUUGCCCUAGAUUAUGAGGUAGAAGAAGAACUGAGUACACCUUUUUCUUUUCUUUUUUUCCCCACCGAAUCGUUCGAUAAUUAUCACAAAUCUCAAUUCUAAACCCGUUCUAGGUAUAUGGUAGUGAUGAUAGUCUAUGUAUGCUGUGUUAUUCUAUAUAUGUUGGCUUUGAAUUGAUUAUUAAGAGGUAUAUGUGUAACAUAUAUAUAACAGAAAAUUCUUAAACCUUUUUUCUUUCA